AUGAAUAAAUAAUUGGAUUUUAUUCCAAAAUUUCCUGAACAUAAUCCUUUUAAAUUUUAAUAUUACAGCGAAGUUAAGAACGGAUUUUACUUAGAAAAUCCAAAUGAAGUCUAUAUUUUAGAUAAAGUUGAUGGGUGGGCAGAUUUUAAUGGCUGCUAUUAUUAAAAAGAUGGAAACCCUGCUGGAUGGGUAUUUGUAAGUGAGGGGAAAUACACCAAAUAUGAUAUGAAUAAAAGAAUAAUGGAAACUGGCAGAAACAUUUAUUACCCUGAAACCAUUUUUUAGCAUGGGAUGUAGAGUGAAAGAAACAGAUAGUUUAAGGACUAAAACCCAUACUAAAAAAAUUCUUACUAGGAUUUCAAAAACCCUUCAACACAUUAAAAAUAGGAUGAUUAAAGUUAAGUUAACAAAUUCAAUUAACCUUCUUCAACUUUGAAAGAACACUAGUAAGUAUUUCAAAGGUUUGUUUAAGAAAAUAAUAUGUAAUUACACCAAAUUUUCUUUCAAAAAAGAAAUUACUAAACAGGUCAUUAAGAGGACCAAUAUACAAGUAGAUAAAGAGUUAAAAGUGAAAACUUUAGAAGAUCAAAUUAUUAAGAAAACAAAAAUGAAGGUAGGAUUUAUAAUAAAAAAUCAAAAAACAAUCAUGCUUAUAAUGAAAGUUAUUCAAAUUUUGGAUAGAAUGGAAGAUAAAAUUAUCAUUAACAUCACUCAAAUGGAAACUUUAAUAAUCCUGAUCCUAGAAUUCGUUUAAAUUAAUCAACUAAAUCUAAUUACAAUAGGUAUUAAGAAACUAAUUAAAAUAAUUUUAGUAAUAAUAAUCACAAUGCUAAAAGAAUCUUAAAUAGGUCGAACGAAGAUAAUCGAAGCAGGGCUUAAUAGUUUUAAAGUUAAAAAUCCAAUAAUCUAAUUAAAAAUCCAUUUAUUGAAUAAUCAUCCUAAUAAUAAAAUUUUCAAAAUCAAAAGAGUAUUUAUUAAGAUAAAAGAAAUGAUCGUUAUUAAAUUGAUUACAAUAUAGAAUCAGAUAGGAUGUAGAAACAAUAAUCCGCUCAUGAUUAUAAAAAUAAAAAUAAUAAUGGAGAUUCAAAUUAUUCUAAUUACCAAAAUAAGAAUCAUAAUACAAAUAAAGAUAAUUAUAAUUAUAGAUAAAAUAAUAAUAGAUUUUAGAAUGAAACCAUGAGAACAAAUAAUUAACCAAAUUUAUAAAAAAGAGACUUUUAACAUAAAAAAUAACAAUCUUAACAAUUUUUGCAUAAUGGCAAUUCUUACUUUAAAUAGGAAACAAACUAGUAAGAUGAGGAGGAAAUAUAUUAUUUUGGAUAGAGAGAUAAAGAGAUUCCAGAAAAAAACGGAGUUCCUGAAAGAAGAGAAAGGAAAUCAAGAUUGAAUUAACCAUGA